AUGCGGCGGCGGCGGCGAAUUCCGCUUCUCGGACGCCUCUCGCCGAGCGAGAUUUGCGGCCACGCGGCGUUUGUGCUCUCCGGUUCAGCCUUCCUGGAGCCAGAGAUCCUGCAGCUGCGCGUGCUCUCCGUCUUUGCGGGCAGCGCCACCCUACUCUUCACCUACUUCCACCCCAUCGGCUCUCCACUCUGGCUCCCGUUUCGGUGGAACAUCGUCUUUGUGCUCAUCAACUCGGCGUACAUCACCAAAAUCCUCGCGGAACGGCGGCGCGCCGAGCAGCUGCCGCAGCAGGCGCUCGACGUUUGGCGCGACGUGUUUCAGCCGCACGGGAUGUGCAAGGUGGAGUUCGACGGGCUGCUGCACGCGGGCACGUGGACGACACUGCGCAAGGGGGCGGUGCUGCAGGAGGAGGGCAAGCCGUCCAACUCACUCUUCCUGAUUGUGUCUGGCGGCGCGACCGUCUCGCGCGGCGGUGAGUUCACUCAUUCGCUCGGCGAGCAGCAGUUUGUGGGCGAGAUGGGCCUCUCUAGCGGCAUCCAUCUCGCUUCGCCCGUGCUCGGCGUCGCGCACGUCGAGACGAGCGAGCAGACCACAGUCCUAGUGUGGUCCCGCCGCGUGCUCUCCGAGCUGAUGGACUCCUCCGACGCGCUGGCGAGCGGCAUCCGUGGCGCCAUCACCGCCGACGUGGUGCGCAAGACGCGGCGGCUCGAGCUCGAGGCGUCGAGCUCGACCAACACCGAGAGCGUGCAGCGGCACGGCGAGCAGAUGGAGGAGCUGUGGAAUGCGCGGUAUGCUUCUAUCAUCGGCGCGCUCACCAGCGAGGGCAGCAUCUCAGAGGAGCAACGCGAGCAGGUCCGCAGCUACCGCAACUUGCACCAGAUCACCGGCGAGGCGCACGUGCGCGCGCUCGCCCUGCAGGGCUGGUCAGCUUCCGAGUUUGAGGCGGGCGAGCGGGGGGAGAGCGCAAAGCCCGGGGCUGGGGGUGUGAAGGGCAUAACCAUGGCGCUCAACCAGCGGGUGGAGGCGCUGAGGACGGCGCACGUCGGCACGUGGGGCUCGGACGAGCCGCCGCUCGUCAUCUGGGACGAGCGGAGGCAAAAGGUCGCGGCGGGGCGGCUAAACGUCUACUUUGGGACCGACGCGCUCGAGGAGACGCACUCGGCUGUCUGCGGCCGUAUUCAGCGGUAUUCGUAG